AUGAAGACUCCUGCACAAUAUUCCCCUGCUGGCCAGUCUCAUUCUAAUUCUAUUUCCCACUCUCGCUCAAAUUCAUACAACCUCAACCACUCUCACUCUCACUCUCACUCUCAGUCGCUUCGUCCAAACAAGCAGCCAAAAACCUCGACUCCUCUCGCCUCUCCACGAAUGCCAUACUCGGUCAACCAAAACCACCCGCCGCCCAAGUCUUCACCUCGAGUUGUUUCCGACGAUCGAUCACCAAGCCCUAAUUAUUUUGGUCUCAUUGUCGAGUCGGCCAAUGAGCAGGGUGGCGGCUCCUCCGGGGUUCCUAACGAUAACUGGAGCCCUUCAUCAUCAGACAGCAUGCAGGACUCGGCCUAUGUUUCAUCAGACUCGAACCGUAAUUCCGAAUCAUCGUUCCACCACAAUGUUCCUGCUCUCCACCUACCAAGAUUUGAGUCUCCUCUACCAAUGGACCCUCCCCAGCACCGUACGAGUCUUACUCGGUCUGAGGACCGCGACCCACGGUUGUCUGUAAUGGAACAUCGCCCAGAGCCUCCUGAUGCUCGAGAUAGCCAGCGUUCUGCCACUCUACCAGCAACCCUCGAACCAGGGCAGCCACACAUGAUCACUGGACAGCAACUUAAAGACAUGCUUCGAAAUGUGAAGAAGGAGCGAUUACUUCUUCUUGAUCUCCGCUCUUCACAGAACUACGCUCAGUCCAGAAUUGAGGGUGCUCUUAACCUUUGCAUUCCUACUACUCUUCUCAAGCGAGCAACUUUCAACAUUCAGAAGUUGAAGCAGACUUUCCAGAGUAGCGACGAUUCAGACAAGUUUGACACGUGGAACGACACAGACUACAUCGUUGUUUAUGAUGCUCAUGCUUCAGAUAAACGAGAUGCGAUUACUGCGCAGAACAUGAUUAAGAAAUUCACCAACGAGGGUUACACUGGUGGCACAUGCAUCCUCAAGGGUGGCUUCAACUCCUUCCAGCAACACUUUUCUGACUUUGUUGACAACCAGUCGGCAAAUGGAGCGCCCGGGAAGCCUGGCCCUGGUCAUGGAGGAAUCGCCCCUGUCAUUGGUGGAGUUAUGCUUCCCAACGCCAGCAAUGACGUGAACCCGUUCUUCUCAAACAUUAGACAGAACAUGGAUCUCGCAGAUGGUGUAGGCCAAUUGGAUGUUUCAAGGCCUACCGCCCUGGAUUCGCCCUCCUUGCCUCGCUGGCUUCGAGAGGCGGCUGCCCAGCCUGAUCAUGGAAAGAAGGUUUCAGAUAAGUUCUUGCACAUCGAAGUUGAUGAGCAAUCUCGAAUGAAAGCUGCGUACGCUGCCUUCAACCCCCACAACCAGGACAAGCGAAGCCAGGACUUUUGGUCUGUCAUCUGGCAGGAGGAUGUGCGCGUCGUCGUCAUGUUGACUGCCGAGACUGAGGGAGGCCAGUUGAAGUGUCACCCUUACUGGAAGGGCAGAGACUUUGGAGCCAUUCGCCUCAAGCUCCUGUCUGAAAAGAAGGUAUCACUCGACAUUGAUAAGCACAGGUCCGAUUCCAACCACCCUUCCUCCACCUCGGCCAGCGAGGCGGGUAGGAAGCGCGCUAAUACCACGACUACAUUGGAAGCUUCAAACCAGGCGCCUCGGGGGGCACAGGGAGCUCAAACAGAAGCACCCUACGUCAUUCUUCGAAAGUUUGCACUCUCGCACACUUCUCAUCCGUUUGCACCCAUCCGAGAGAUUACGCAUCUGCACUUCCCAUCAUGGCCCGACUUUGGCACGCCCGCUCAGCCAUCCCACUUGUUGGCGCUUGUCGAGUUGGCCAACGUGAUGCAGCGUUCCGCUCUUCCAGUUGAGACUUCUCAAAUAUCCAAGAUCUCAGCAUUGGAACCCCCUGCUAUCACCUGGUACGACGAGCCAGAGGUUGACUCUCGUGCGCGACCAAUCCUGGUGCACUGCUCUGCUGGAUGUGGUCGCACUGGUACUUUCUGUACUGUCGACAGUGUUAUUGACAUGUUGAAGCGACAGAGACAAGCCAAGAUGGAUUCAGUAAAAGCACGUGAUUAUGAUGGAGAUGUCUCUAUGGGCGAGAAUACGGAUGCAUCGCCCCGAUCUGCGAAGCACUCCAACUUUUAUACCCCUGGCCAGAGGUCGAACAUGGAGAGAAAGGCAGCUCGAGGCGGCGCCCACAUUGACACCGACUGGGUGCACGACGACAGCGUCGAUCUGAUUCAGAAGACAGUGGAGGACUUCCGAGAACAGAGACUCAGCAUGGUGCAGAGUCUCAGACAAUACGUUCUCUGUUACGAAACGGUUCUUGAUAUAACGAUGAUUGAGUUCAAUCCUGGAGGGGUUUAG